AUGCGUGUUUCUCUCUCUGUCCAAGGCCCCCUCCUAUUCUCUGCGCACAUCGAUACCUUCUUCCGUCUUUUCCCCACCUUGCAAAGAGGUUACGCGUCGACUACGAAAAGUUGUUUCAAGAAAAUGGUUUGUUUUUUGUUUAUUUCAAUGUAAAAAAAAACAUUGAUUGAAUCUAUUUGCAGCCGGUCCUGCAAGGAGAAGAGCGCGAGAAGGAAAUGAGUCCACUUUUGGCGGCAGGCUGGAAAAUGGUCUCCGGAAGAGACGCUAUCCAGAAGGAGUUCCUCUUCAAAAACUUCAACGAAGUAUCAGAUUGAACUGACUCAUCAACAGUUUAUUUUUAGGCGUUCGGAUUCAUGUCUCGCGUUGCACUGAAAGCCGAGCAAAUGAAUCAUCACCCGGAAUGGUUCAAUGUAUACAAUAAGGUGCGUUACCUUUCAAAUUUUCUAUUCCGUGUAAAGCCUUCCUGCGAAGAGGCUGCUCUCUUUUCGACACUUCCAUCUAGAGCACGAUCUCCGAGCUCCAGUGCUUUGAAAGUUUUUUGAAGUUUUAAAGUUUUUUUUUUUGAACUCGAAGUUUUUUCAUCUGAAAUGCGCUCUCAAUAUUUGAAACAUUCUUAACUCAUCAAAAACCUAACCUGACAGGAACUGUUUUAAGGUGGACGUUACCCUUUCAACGCAUGACUGCGGUGGAUUGUCUCAAAACGAUAUCAAACUUGCCACCUUUAUUGAAAAUGUCGUUUCUAAAUGA